AUGCCUCGAAAAAAUGCUCCGAAACCUGCUAAACGUGCCAAACUAUCAGGAAUCAGACGAUUUUUUAAGGAUCCACAGCAAGUUGAGCAAACCAGUACCUUAGCAAGUCACGCAUCGACGGCAUCGUCUGAUUCUGGUAACGAUCUACCUUCCACGCCAUUGACGCCAAUUGUAAAUGAGCGGCAAUGUAACGUAAUUCAUGUCGACAAUCCUCCAACUUCUUUGGCAGAGUUCGUAGAAAAUGACGAAGCGGAAAGCCAAGGGAUAUCUUGUGCGGCUAUAUCUCGACCCUCGCUGCCCAAUGAACAACCACCUUCCUCUGAAGCAUCCGGCUCUAGCGAUUUUCUCACAAGUAACAGAUGCUCACCUGCAACAGUUUCGGCUUUGAGUCCAUUGACUGCAAAAUCGAACAAUAUCAUGAAUUUGGACAAGCCUAAUCAUCCAAAAGUGUCUGUUAUCCCUGCUCAGAAAUUAUCAACGCGAACACUUUAUUUUCAAUCAAAGUGGUAUGAAGAUUACGAAUGGAUUCAUUAUGAUCCCGAUUUGAAAAAAAUUCUGUGUUUCCACUGUUCAAAAGCUAGUGCCAUGGGGAUAAACGAUUUAGCCCAUUAUAAAGAUCCAGCAUUCAUUUCAGAAGGAUUCAACAACUGGAAGAAGGCAAUUGAAAAGUUUAAGUUGCAUCAGACAUCUCAUACACACGUUUUGUCCGUCAAUCAAAUCGCAGCAGUAAAAAGGCCAUCGGUAAGUGCGCAAAUACACACGCAGAAACAAAAGGAACAAGCAAUAGCAAGAACCUCCCUUUUGAAAUUGUUUACUUCGAUAAGAUAUUUGUUGCGACAAGGCUCAGCAUUUCGUGGUCACAACGAAAAUGAUGGAAGUUAUUCACAGCUCCUAAAGCUUAGAACGGAAGAUGUUCCUGAUCUGCAGAUGUAUUUGAGAAAUACAACAAAUUUUACUUCGCCUUGUGCGCAGAACGAGAUGAUAGAAAUGUUCAGUCACCAAAUUUUACGGAAGAUUGUCAGUGAUAUUCAACAGAAUGAAUUUUACGCUGUAACUGCUGAUGGAACACAGGACAUAAGCGGUCAAGAGCAAGAGUCCUUCUGUCUGAGGCACGUAGACUCAGAUUUAUAUGUACACGAAGAUUUUAUCGGUCUGUAUGAAGUUCCCAGUACUACCGGUGACAUUCUUGCUCGUACGCUCUUUGAUGUCCUGGCUCGGAGUGGAUUAUCCAUAAGUAAUAUGCGUGCUCAAACAUACGAUGGUGCCGCUAACAUGAGUGGUUGUUACUCUGGAUGCAAGGCCAUAGUGCAAGAACGACAACCACUAGCACUUUUUUUCCACUGCGGAUCACAUGCUUCCAAUCUUGUGAUGCAACAUGCUGUAACAUCCUGUCAAUUAAUUCGAGAUUCCCUGCAGUGGCUGAAUGAGCUAGGUGUGCUUAUGAAGAGAUCUGGCAAGUACAAAGCGAUAUUCCUGGCAAUUUGCGAAUCAACCGAAGAUGACAAUCUGCAUCCCACAGCGAUCAAGCCCCUUUGUGCCACCAGGUGGUUAUGCAGACUAGCAGCCAUAGAGUCAGCAUUGGAUCGUACCCUGCUAUUCUCCAAAGUUUGGAAGAAAUGGCACGUGGUGAAACGGACACUGCAACCAAAGCAAAUGGUCUACUUGAUCGGUUUCAGAAGGGAAAGGUCUUUCUUGGGUUGA